AUGAGAGUUUUCAACUUUAUUCUACCUGUGGUGACAAUAUUGACAAUUCUUAAAGGUGUGGAUGCUGACACAAAUGUGGUAGCUACUACCUCUAGGAAACCAACUAAUAGAGUUCAUGCUCACCAUAUGCACAGAGCCUCCCACACGCCAGACGGGGCUACCCAAGUGACGAAGGGCCCUCAGACAACAAGCGUGACAGUAGUAAAGAGAGCUGAUAUGCCCAGCCUUUCAGAGUCGGAAACAAAAUCAUACUCUUACAGCUUGGCUAUUCCAAAUGCUAGCAAAACGUCAAGUUCGAGAAAGGAUCCAUACAUUUACAGGUCCAACUUGCCUGAAAACUUAGUGUUCAUAGUGGUAGGUGCAAUCAUCGGCUUCAUACUAUUGUCUUUCCUUGGCUACAGAAUCACAGCCUACAUACUAUCUAACCAAAGGGCAAAGACCGACAGAGAAGUCUACACCAAUUUUGGACACAACUCAGGAAGUGGUUUCGCUUUCGGCAGCGAGAGUUCCAAUUCUUCGAUGCUUGAAAAAUCGUCGCUCGGCUCCGUGUCAAGCCUCCACAUGCUAUCUCGACACAAUUCGCUUCUCCAGCUACAACACGACAAUGACACCAGUACAUUAUCCAAUUCGCAACAAGGCAGGUCCUAUAGAAAUGCUAUUAGCGACAAUAAGUCCAACAGAGGCUCUAUGUUCAUCAGUCCGGUACUAGAGCUCAUGAACACAAAAUCCAACUCUCAAUUGGAAUUACCACUUUAUCAUAAAAAUGCCUCCCAAACGUUCAACAGCAGUCUGGCAUCGCUUAUACAAAACCCGGCCAUGAUGGAUUCCCCUAUAAACGAUUUCCAACCAACCAGGGAUCACACUAAUGGCUCUUCCCCAGACAUGCUGCUGGUACAAACGCAAUUGCAUCCCCAGCAACCACAAUCAAAGCUCAAGAGACCGCCUUCCAUGGUGUUGGACAACUUAAUUAACUAA